UGUUUUAUGGAAAUGAAACCACAAUAACAUCUCUUUUCAGAUUUUAUUGCAUUUGUUCUUGAUUUAUUCUUUUUAUCUUAAGCCACUUUGGACUCAUAUCAGAAUUUUCAGACAAAAUGCAAUUUGUUUUUAUUCACUUGCCUAUGCACUGACAUUGAAGUUAUGCAGGAAGUAGACAUUGUACACUGAUCCAGAAUUCAUUCUUUUGAAGAGUGAUAAUCAUAUUAACAGAAUUCAUCCAUGCGUCUUAAUACAGAUUUCAGGUAAUUUGCGUAAUGAACAUUGUGCAGAGGGGAAGUACAUACAUUUAAUUCAUUUUAUAUUCAUUAGCUCUCUUUAUGUAAUUUACGGAAACCCAUCAUAGACAUAGUGCUGUGGUCGAAUGUAUUAUUUUAAACCAAGUUGUUUUCGGCAAUGCUUGGUUGUAAAUAGUUCCUGGGAUCAACACAGGAAUGCAAAGAUUCCUCCAUACUGAGAGGCAAGGGCACUCUGUCCAUGUUCAAAGAGGUACUAUCAUGAACUCAAACCUUCCAUCCUAAUAAGCAAGAAAGUUGAAUAUCAGACAGCCAGCCUUUUGAGGAUCUUUUGCUAAACCGAAUGGGAAAACGAAGCGGCUUCUCUUAUUUUUCCGAAUAGCGGGGCAAAGCUCAGCGGAGGCCCCGAGAGGGCGCAACCCAGGGCGGAACCCCACCCCGCUUGCUCUCUCGGCGGCCGUAGUGUUCAAGAGGACGCGAAGGGGGUGGGUGCGAUGAGGUAGAGAAUGGCCGCGCAUGCGCAGUACCGAACCUAAGCGGCCGCGGUGAUGGCUGCGCAGUGACGGUUGGAUCUAACGGUUGCUAUUGACAUUGGAGCUGGGCGUGUGGUGGAUGGCUCUUGCGCGGAGGGCGGCUAGGAGCGACAAAGCCGUUAGCUCUGCGGAAGAGGCGCAGGGAAUCCGUGGUAAUAUGGACGCGCUGAAACUCUAGGCGGAGCAGCCUCCCCCGCCCCUACCAGAGCCGGGCCCAGGCCGUCUCCCUGAGCCGGGCUCGCGGAUCCUGCCACCGCCCCCCGAUGCGGGGCCUCCCCUCCGCCUGAGGCCCCCGGGGAGGGCGAGGGAGGAAGGCCGGCAUGGCCGGCCGCCGGGAGUAAUCCGUGGGGAGCCGCCGCUGGUAGCAAAGAAGAGCUGCGGCGGUGGCAGUGGCGGGGGCGGGGAGGGGGGGUUGAGCAGGCAAGUGGAGAAAAGCAGGCCCGGCCCUGGCUGUGACGGCGCGUCGAUGCGGGGCUAGGAGCGCAGCCGCCCCUCGGCUUGCCCUGCCUGGGCGCGAAGCCGCGCUUUCUUCUCAGCCCGGAGCCGUUGGCCUCAGCGUCUGCGAUGAACCCGGUGAAUGCUACAGCCUUGUACAUCUCCGCCAGUCGCCUGGUACUCAGCUACGGCCCCGGGGAAGAUCCGCAGUGCCUGGCCGAGAUCGGCAAGCUGCUGCCCUACUUCCGGCAGUCGCUCUCCUGCUGCGUGUGCGGAAAUCUGCUGCAAGAUCCAAUUGCACCCACCAACUCUACAUGUCAACAUUAUGUCUGCAAAACCUGUAAAGGCAAGAAGAUGAUGAUGAAACCAUCAUGUAGUUGGUGCAAAGACUAUGAGCAGUUUGAAGAAAAUAAACAGUUAAGCAUUCUGGUGAACUGUUAUAAAAAACUAUGUGAGUACAUAACACAGACGCCAUUAGGACGAGAUAUUAAGCAAGCUGUGGAUAGUUUCCCAGAUCUUUUGACUUUGCUUAAAGAUGGCACCCCACUCAGUGUUGACACAGAAAAAGUAUCUGAUGAAUCCUUGGCAUUGUGUUUGAUCCAUUCCCCUUCUCCUUCAACUUCAGAGUAUGCUAAUGAGCCUCCAACAAGUUGUUCUAUACCUGAAAGCACCUAUGAUUGUGAUGUAAAAGGCUCCACUGUUAAUGGUCUGCCCAGUUGUAAUGGGCUCACAGUUGAUAAACUUGGAGUAAAUAUUCCAUCUCCUGAACAUGGAAAUACAGUCAAUGUAUGUAAUCCUGGACAAUACAUAAAAACUGAAGAUAUUUCUAGUAGUCUUCAGCCUAUGUGUGACAUAGUUUCCCCUGGUGACUUGUGUGCAACCGGCAUUGAUAUUCAUAGUUUCAGUGAAGACAUCAAACCUGGUGACCCUCUUUUACUUAGUGUUGAGGAAGUGCUACGGAGUUUGGACUCCAACGCAGGGGUAUGUAGCCCUAAUCUACAGCACAGCUUGGAAACCAAUUUAACAAAUUGUCCAUUUUUGCAGCUUUCUCCCCCACCAACUAGCCACAAUGUGUAUAUAUCAGUGGAUGCUUCACCUCAUGGGAUUUCAUGUACAGCUGCAACACCUAAGGUAGCAAAAUUAAACAGAAAGCGAUCACGAUCAGAAAGUGACAGUGAAAAGCUUCAGCAUAUUCCAAUUUCUAGCAUUCUUUGUGGCCCAACAUUGGGAGCCUCAGCUCCAGUAAUGAUGAAACAAGAAUCAAAGAUGUCUUUGCAGUCAAUAGCAACUGUACCUAAUGGAGGUACUGCUCCUAAAAUAGGUAAAACUGUAUUAUUAUCAAAUAAAAGCAUGAAAAAAAAUAUAGACCAUACCACCAAGAAAUCUCAUCCAAAAUCUAAAUCAGGAAUGCUAAAAAAGUCAAAAGAAAAAAAUCCUAGCAGUCAUGUUGUGCCGGGAAGUCCAACAAAAACUGUGUACAAAAAGGCACAAGAGAAAAAGGGGUGCAAAUGUGGCCGAGCUACACAAAAUCCAAGUGUUCUUACAUGUCGUGGCCAGCGCUGCCCUUGCUACUCAAAUCGCAAAGCUUGUUUAGACUGCAUAUGCCGCGGCUGCCAAAAUUCAUACAUGGCUAAUGGGGAAAAGAAAUUGGAGGCAUUUGCAGUGCCAGAAAAGGCCUUGGAGCAGACUAGGCUUACUUUGGGCAUUAAUGUGACCAGCAUUGCUGUGCGCAAUGCCAGCACAAGUACCAGUGUAAUUAAUAUGACAGGGUCACCGGUAACGACAUUUUUAGCUGCCAGUACAAACGAUGAUAAGAACUUGGAUGAAGCUAUGGACAUGAGAUAUGACUGCUGAGUCUUUCUUUCUCCCCUCCUUUGGUAAGGGGACUGCUACAAUUUGAAGGCAGCUAUGGUUCUCUUUAACUUGCCGGAGCUCCUGCAUAUAGAUCACUUGUAUCAAGUGUUUUCAUUGCUAUGUUGUGUGUUAGUGUCAGGGAAAUAGUUUGCUGGUAAUUGCGGAAUUAUCCCAAAACUGUCUUUAGAUCUUACAACAUCUCAUAGUUUGAGAUCAAAUGCUAAUGUAAAUGAUUUUUUAAUACAGAACUACUUUUUGGCAUAUACUGACCUUGUUGUACCAAUUCAUGCUUUGUGCUUAAUCAGAAAUUGAUUUAAUAUACUGAAAUUAUUUCUAGUCAGUCCAUCACAGUUGUGCUAAUUUAUGAUGUAUCCAUGUUCAGUAUCAUCAUUGCAAGAAAAAUGACAUGCUAAACUAAUAAAAACUUCAACAGCCAAUCUUGUAAUACCACAUUAUUUGUGGAUAGGGAAGUUAAUAAUUCAGCACCUAAACUUUGUUCAGAAAUAAAAUAUAUUACUAUAAUUGUCCAACUACUGUAUGCUGACCUGAAACCAAGAAAUGAUCAUAUUGGACUUUAGCUUCAGUUGAUAUCACUCAAGAUCAUCUUUUGGAAAACAAAAUGUUGGCAUUCCUGUUUUUUAAUUUCACACCUUUUUUUUUACAGAUUGAUGUCAUUAAUCUGUCAUGCUAUGUCAUAAACUUCACAUUUAUCAUCGGAAUAUUUUUGCUGAGUUCAUUAUGAAAUAGAUACUGUAUUUUUUAAUUGUUAUGCUAGUUGGCUAAAAAAUAAAAAUGGUUUAAGUCUUAUGCCAAAGUUAUUGAGACAUCAUUAUAUUUUAGAUUUUAAAAUCUGACAGCUAUCUGCACAUUCUUGCAGUUUAAGACAUAUAACACUGUCAAAACAUAGUUUUCACUUGAAAUUAACAUUCUUUUCCAAGAUUAAGUUCUUGGUUUUCCCCAAUUUAUAUUCACAGUUUUGUUUUUGCCUGGUUAGAACCAGGAUACACAAGGGGAAAUGUGGCAGGUGCCUAGAUUAAAUCCUACUGUGCAAGAGUAGAAUAUGUCAAGAAUGGAGGUUUUCUUCGCUGAUAACCUUAAAGAGCUGAUAGAAAUCCUGCUGAUUAUGCAGGAUUUUGAAAUUAAUUCUAAGUUACACCAUUGGAAAAGUCAACCCACACUGAAAGUAUGUUAAUUCAUAUCAAUAUUACUUGUACCAGGAUUGCUGUUUAAUACUUAAUUUUUUAUUUUGCAUAAAGUAUGGGCUGACUAGAAUAGAAAAUACUGCGUUGUAGCCAAUUAAAUCUCUUCCUUGCAACCCUUAGGAAGGAGGGGAAGACUGUCAGACAGGAAAUGUCCAAUUGCACAAGUCAAAGGUUUCUUUUGCCCUUUUUGUUAUCUUGCUUUAUAAAGGACUAUGUUCUGAUUUACAGCAAUAUUUCAGCAGCUGUUGUAAAAAGACAUUAUGCCCUAGAUUCUUAAAUACCUUUAUGUUUGCCAUCUAAUUGUUAACUGGUUAACGGCAUUGUUAAUGAACUGUAACAUUAGAUAUGUUGGAUUUGGCACAAAGCAUGUACAAUGAUGGUUACUAGGUCUAAAAAUAAGACAAAAGUUUUGGA